AUGUCUAUUGAGCUACUAUUUUGCAAGUCUCAAGUGUAUAUUCAUCCGACAAAGAAUUUGCAAGACAAUGUCUCCGGUUAUCUUUUAAUUACCCAUCAGAGUAAUAGCGAAACUAUAACAAGUUCAACGAUCUCUUGGAUACCAGAGAACAGCCUUAAUGAGGAAGACAUAAAUUUCCUAAACAACGCCGAAACGAGAAAUAUCAAUGAGAAAAUAUUACGAUUACCAGUUAGCAGCAGAAAACUAAACACACUUCUGGGAAGCGGGUCUUUCCUGAGUUCAAAUUGGCAAUUUACUAUACCUGUAUUAUCUUUAUACUCAGUUCAAUUCAAAUUACCAAACACAUGGUGGUACGGGUCGUGUAUAUUGUACUCAAAAUCACCAAGAGAGACUGAAUCCAUCCCAGUCUUGUACUUCCAUGAUGAUCUAUGCCCAUCUACCAUCUCGAAGCAAAAAGAACUCAACAGGUCAUUUGACCCAUUCAACAACUCUAAUGAAAUGUACUGGGGUGGACAAGACUUUAAGGAUGCAUUAGGCUCAAUAGUCGAGUUGAAGAGGGUGGAAUCCGAACCAACAUUUUGGCUAGUUAAUGCUACUCUGGAAGAUUUGAGAAACUUUUCGUCUGCGAAUUUGAAAUCCAGUGAAGAGAAGCCUUCAAGUUCGAAAGAUGAUGGUGUUACUAAAUUGAAGGAAGAUGCUUGGCAGAAAUGGGAGUCCACUAAAUGGUCGCUCAUGUCGCAGUUUGCUGACAUCACUGCUAAGACAGGCUCAUUUGUAGGGAGUCUCAUAAAAAAGCAUCCAGUAGUUCAAUUGGUAGAACGGAAUAAAAAUAAUUAUUACGUACAGAAAAUGUUGAAGAACCCCAAAGUAGUUGAGAUUCAAGAUGAUUUUGACUCUGCUAAGAUUUAUUUAGCUAAAUGGGCAUUAAGUGUUAAGGAAGAAGCUGAGAGAUACCAAGAAGGAUCGUAUGACAAUCCCUACAGGAGAAUAUUGGUAAGCGAGUUUGGACUGACCGGAAAUGAAGAUGUUUCGUUCACUGAGGAAGAACUGAACAGGGCAAUGGAAAGAAAUCACCCAAUGACAAAGCAGAAAUGGAAUUCCUUAUUCGAUAGUGAGGGACGACUUACCGUUACAGUUAACGAGGUAAAGGAUUAUAUCUUCCACGGUGGUUUGGCUGACGACGCUACUAGAAAAGAAGUCUGGCCAUUUUUAUUGGGUGUUUACCCAUGGGAUUCUUCAGAGGAUGAAAGGAAACAACUGAGAAAAGCUCUUCAUGAUGAAUAUAUGGAGUUGAAACAAAAAUGGGUUGACCGAGAAGUAAAUCUGGAUAAUGAUGAGGAAGAAUACUGGAAGGAUCAAUUAUUCAGGAUAGAAAAAGAUGUCAAGAGGAAUGACCGGAAUAUCGAUAUUUAUAAAUACAAUACUUCAGACAACUUACCAUUCCCUGAAGAUACUGCGCCAACCACCGACGAUGAUGAUAGUAUAAAAAAUCCUAAUUUAAAGAAGUUAGCAGAUAUUCUAACUACUUACAACAUCUUUAAUCCCAACCUUGGCUAUGUACAGGGUAUGACGGAUUUACUAUCACCAUUGUACUACAUUAUCCGUGAUGAGGAGACUACUUUUUGGUGCUUCACCAACUUCAUGGAAAGAAUGGAAAGAAAUUUUUUAAGAGAUCAAUCUGGUAUAAGAGAUCAAAUGCUGGCAUUGACUGAUUUGUGCCAGUUGAUGCUCCCAAGAUUAAGUGCACAUUUACAAAAGUGUGAUUCAUCGGAUUUGUUUUUCUGUUUUAGGAUGCUUUUGGUAUGGUUCAAAAGAGAAUUUAAUUACGACGAUAUAUUCAAUAUUUGGGAGGUGUUUUUCACCGAUUUUUAUUCUUCUCAAUACCAAUUAUUCUUUAUGCUUGCUAUACUUCAGAAGAAUAGUUCACCAAUUGUUAACAAUUUACAAACUUUUGAUCAGGUAAUAAAGUAUUUUAAUGAUCUUAAUAGUAAGAUGAACUGGAGAGAUUUAAUGGUAAGAUCUGAACUAUUGUUUAUACAGUUCCAUAAAACAGCGGAUCUACUCGCUAGGCGUCAAGAACAACUUAUCCCAGAAAAUUCUGGACACGAUACGAGUGAUAUUGAAGGAGGUACGGAGCCAAAAACCCAGAGCUAUAUCAGUGAGCAUCUCCAAACACUUUUAUCCAAGGAAGUUAUAAUACAGAAAGAAAACACAAGGACAAAAGAUUCGAUAAAAUAA